GCAAGAGGCGGUGGCAGCGAGGGUCUGACGCCGGGAAAGAGGGGACCCGGCGGGGUAGGGCAGUAGAGGCGUGCGUGAUGGGCCCUUGCCACCAGCUUCGCUGAGACUCGCUCGCGUGGGCUGGUCUCGGCUGGUCCGCAGUGGCCGCGGCAGCAUGAAGGGCGCUCUGGGGAGCCCCGUGGCCGCGGCGGCCGCAGACGCCGCGAUGCAAGAGAGUUUCGGCUGCGUCGUAGCCAACCGCUUCCACCAACUGCUGGACGACGAGUCGGACCCAUUCGACAUCCUGCGCGAGGCCGAGCGCAGACGCCAGCAGCAGCUGCAGCGCAAGAGGCGAGACGAGGUGGUGGCGGCUGGGACCGGGGUUAGCAACCGAGGUGGUAGGAGCCCGGCCGGGGCCUCGGGCCACAGACCCGGCGCGGGCGGCGGCCGGCGGGAGUCCCAGAAGGAACGCAAAGGCCUCCCGGCUCCCGGCACGCAGCAGCCAGACAGCCCCGGAGGAGGCCCGCAGACACCUGGUCAUAAGCGAACUCCCAGAAGAGGAGAGCAGCAAGGAUGGAGUGAUAGCCGGGGAACAGAGGUGGUGCAGGAUAGAGCAGAGCGGAGAUUCUACAGGGACUAUCAACCCUACGAGACUGAGAGGCAGGUGGACUCUACACCCGAGAAGUUUACAGAUGACAAACCAGUUGACCGGUUUGAUCGAGACAGACCACUGCGGGGACGCGGGGGCCCGAGAGGGGGCCUGCGGAGCAGAGGCAGAGGUGGUCUUGGGAACAGACCUUUCGACCGUUUUGACCAGAGAGGAAAACGGGAAUUUGAGAGAUAUGGUGGGAAUGAUAAAAUAGCAAUCAGAACCGAAGACAACAUGGGUGGAUGUGGAGUUCGCACCUGGGGAUCAGGUAAAGAUACCAGUGAUGUGGAGCCACCUGCACCUAUGGAGGAGCCCCCUGUGGUGGAGGAGCCCCCAGACCCCCUAGAGGAAGGGUCUCCAGCCAAAGUUCCUGAGUUGGAAGUAGAAGAAGAAACUCAAGUUCAAGAGAUGACCCUAGAUGAGUGGAAAACUCUUCAAGAACAGACCAGACCAAAGCCUGAAUUUAACAUCCGGAAACCUGAGUCCUCUGUCCCUUCCAAAGCAGUGGUGAUCCACAAGUCUAAAUAUAGAGAUGAUAUGGUAAAGAAUGACUGUGAGGAUGACACCCACGUUUUCCGGAAAGCAGCCAAUGACAUCACAUCCCAGCUGGAGAUUAAUUUUGGUAACCUCCCUCGUCCUGGGCGUGGAGCCAGAGGUGGCACACGGGGCGGCCGGGGAAGGAUCAGGAGGGCAGAGAACUAUGGACCCAGAGCAGAAGUGGUGAUGCAAGAAGUUGCUCCAAACCCGGAUGAUCCUGAAGACUUUCCUGCUCUGGCUUGAGAGUCCCGUUUCCCUGGCAACUCGGAACAGCACUGGCACACCUGUGAAGAGACUUUUCUUGCUAUGGGAAGAGACUCAGACUCUAACACAAUAGAUACUGCUUCUCCCCCUUCA